CUCUCCUCAUUUCUACAUUUAACUCCCUGUCAUCGUCGUUUUCUUCCUGCCCGCACUAGAGAAAGGUAUUUUCCAGGCCUAUUCUAGCUAUCUUCUAUACCUCUUUCUCGAUUUCACGGAGAUCUCUCCUCAGUCUACGACCAUGAAGCUCUUAUCGUCGGCCGCCGCGUUGCUUUGCUUGGCUCCCCUCUCCGUUACCGCUUCGCCUCACACGCUUUUUAGCUCCUCUCAGGUUACGCUGAAAGAAGCGUUUCCAGUAGACGGCAAUAAUCCCUUGGAAUAUUGCACCAAUCCCGACGGGGAUGUUCUAAGCAUCAAAUCGGUGGACUUGUCUCCAAACCCUCCCAAGGCUGGCCAAACCCUCACAAUCCAGGCGGAAGGGACCAUCCAUAAACGGAUCGAAAAGGGUGCUUAUGUUCUCUUGGAGGUCAAAUACGGGUUGAUCACCCUCCUCCGACAAAAGCCCGACCUUUGUGAUCAGAUCGUGAAUGUUGACCUGGAAUGUCCCUUGGAGGAGGGUACCAUGAGUUUGACCAAGGAAGUUGAGCUGCCAGCGCAGAUUCCUCCCGGCAAAUACACUGUUCACGCUGAUGUCUACACCAAAGACGAUGAGCGCAUUACUUGCUUGGACGCCCGCAACAUCCAGUUCUAAUUUAUCCAACGUCAGAUUUAUCUCUUCUUUUUCCACCCGGGGUGCUCAAUGUGAGACACUGAUAACGCCCACAGUACCUUCAUAACGAUUUCCGACAUCAUGCAUAUCAACUUUUUGUGUUCUUGUUAGCCAUUCAAGUCGUUGUUCUAUUUUACGUGCUCGUUGUUUUAUUUCCCGAAUCAACGCCUAUCCAGUUUUGUCACUGUACUCGUGAUUGCUGCCAGCUGCGUGUAAUGCUAUGUGCCACCUCUCUUGCGGCGUUUGGGAGACUUUUUUUUUUCUUUUUCCACUGAGAAUAAACUACCAGCUCCUUUGGCGACUGCUUUUAUUGCUCCCUAUUGGGCGACCAGCCAAAUGUUGUUAAUCUACCAUCGUUUCUGCCGGAAUUAGUUUCACACUUUCUAUAUAAU